AUGCAGCGCGCCAUCCACGCCUGGGCGCUCCUGCCCGUUUGCGCAGCGCUGCUGUGCCUAGCCUCUUGGCGGUGGUGGCGCUCUCUCGACGGUGCAGAGCAGCAACCCGUCGAUGGGCCGCAAACCGGAUGGCCGCGGUUCACUGUCGAGCUGCUACAGCUCCACGUCGCCGCGCAGCUGACCCUCGAGGUUGGCGCGUUCCAGGCUCCCGAAUCGUGCGCCAUGCAGCUCCCAGAGUUUGUGUCAGGCGGGGGCACGCUGCGGACCCCGCUGUGGAAUCACAUAUAUACCAAGAGCAGCGCAAGGCUCGAAGCUGCUCGGAGGCUGCUUCUCGCGGCGUGGCUUUGCUUCCUCUGCCUCCCGCCGCGCUACCGCCGCGCGUCGACGUGCUGCUUCCUCGCCGGCGUGGCGCCGUACUCCAUGCUCGCCGUGCUCAAUCUGACGUCCGACAUGUCGCAUACCAACCAGCCGCUGAGUCUGUUUGUGGUGGCGGCGGCGCUGGCUAUGCCUUUCCUCGGCGGCCGCGACGCCGCUGGCGACAUCGCGGGGCGCUGGCUCACCCAGUUCCUCGCCCUCUGCGUGCUCGCCUCUGGCUACCUCGCGGCCGGGCUGUCAAAGAUCCGAUACGCUGGGGUCACAGCCGUGCUCAACGGGGACUGGCUCCACUUCGCUCUGACGGAGGGAACGUCCGGGAUCCGACAGCGAUCGCCGUGCCCGUGGCUCCUCGACCGCGUCAUCGCGCUCGACCAGCACGUCCCGCUGCUCAGCUGGGGCGCGAUGGCCUUUGAGCUCCUGCUGCCGGCGCUCGUGCUCGUCUUGCCGGCUCCCCUGCGGGCGAAAUACUGCGGCUACGUCCACCUCGCAUUCGUUGCCAGCGCGAUCGGCUUCCACGCCUUCAACUUCGCCGUCCUCGGAGCCAACUUCAUGAGCAACUGCGUGCUGCUCGGCGUGCUUGGCGCGGCCCUCCUUCCGCAGGUCAGAGCAGGGCUGCGCCAGUCUCUGGCGCCCGAAGACGCUGGCCGCAGGGAGGGCGCGUGCUCCGUAACCGUAUCCAGUAGCCUUGCGUGGGCUGGGUCGCUGCUCACACUCCUCUGUCUCUUGGGCUGGGCUGCAAACAACGCCGACGCAGACAGCAAAAACGAAAUCGGCGCGGCGCUCGGCCUCCCCAGACCGGUGCUUCACGGCAUCGACCGCUUGUUCCCAUUUUCAGUCUUUGCCAUGUACACAGAAAAACGGACUCGAAAAUGGCCGAAGGGCCUCGCCGCCAGCCACGCGGUCCUGCUCGUGAUCACAAGCCUGCAGCUCCUCUCUGCCGCCCUACAGCACUCCGGGCACUGCAAGCUAGUGUGGCGUCGGCGGGACGACCGGGAGGCUCGCUUGCUGCCGCAGACAGACACGCCUUCCUGA